AUGGAGAGGAACAGGUUUGGGGAUGACUUAUUCCUCAUUGGGCAUGCCUAUGUGCCAAACAAGCUCUUCCAAGGCGCAACGCGCACGCUCACCACGGCCGAGGCUGCGCAGGCGGCUCCCCAGCACACCGCGCUGCUGCGCGCAUGCGCAGAGCCCCGGCAGCGGGUGCCCAGCGCCGGGGCCGCGGGGGAGGCAGGAGGAGGGUCUGCGAGCGCGCGGCCGCCCUACCCCCACCCCCGGUGCUCCCCCCGGGGCCGCGGACCCAGGGACAUCAUCAUCACCUUCAUCAUCAUCACCAUCAUCAUCAUCACCGUCCCCGCCCGGCGCCCCCCCCCCUCCGUACGGGGCCCCGCCCGCCCCCCCCCCGGGACUCACUGGCGCCCGCCCACCGGCCCUGCGCAGCGCGCCGGGCUUACCGUGCUGUGCGGGGCCGGGCCGGGCGCGCGGGGCUCCGGAUUCAGCCGGUUUCGGCUGGGUCGGUCCCGGCGUCACACAAUGAAAUCAGCGCCUCCGAUCAUUAAUUCUCAUCAUGAUCGUGACGUCAGCGCAGACAGCGGCCAAUGGCAGCGUGAGAUCAGCGCCGGCCGGGACAGCGCUCCGCACCGCCCCUGCGGCCCGCACCGGGGAGCCCCGCAGCUCCCUCAGCCCCCUCAGCCCCUUCAGCUUCCUCAGCCCCCUCAGCCCCCUCAGCUCCCUCAGCCCCCUCAGCCCCCUCAGCCCCCUCAGCCCCUUCAGCCCCUUCAGCCCCUUCAGCCUCCUCAGCUCCCUCAGCCCCCUCAGCUCCCUCAGCCCCCUCAGCCUCCUGUACGGUGUCCGGCCUGUCCCCGGCUCCCCAGCAUCCCCCCGCCUCCAAGCAGGUAG